GUUGAGCAACGGGAAGAAGACAAGGCAAUAGAGGCUAUUUGCUCGUUGUCGUACUUAUAUCCAUUGCUGUUUCCCAAUGGCAACGGAGGAUAAACGGAAAUUUGUGCCACAGGCAGCAUCCGAAGUCGGGGUGCUACCGACUCUUCGUGGUAACAACAAUAAUAAUAAUAACAAUAACAAUAACAACAAUAAGGAUACCGAUGGAAGUGAGAACACGACCACGGUCACCGCCAGCACAACCGAAUCGAGCCGUUCGGAAACGCAGAGCAUCGGAAACGGCUCUGGAAUCAAUCCUACUGGAGGAAACAACGGAAAAUGGGUCCGGUUGAACGUCGGAGGCACCGUGUUCCUCACAACACGGCAGACCCUUCUUAAAGAACAAACUUCAUUUCUCUAUCGUCUUUGCCAGCAGCAGGAUUUGCAUUCAGACACGGAUGAGACUGGGGCCUAUGUGAUUGACAGGGACCCCACCUACUUUGGACCAAUCCUGAACUACUUGCGGCAUGGGAAGCUUGUGUACAACAAGGAGCUGGCAGAGGAAGGAGUGUUGGAAGAGGCCGAGUUCUACAACAUCACUCCCCUGAUCAAGCUGAUCAAGGAGAGGAUACUGGAGCGAGACUGCAAGGCCACACAGCAGGUUCCUCCUAAGCAUGUGUACCGGGUUCUGCAGUGUCAGGAGGAGGAGCUGACCCAGAUGGUGUCCACCAUGUCGGACGGCUGGAAGUUUGAGCAGGUCAGCGUGCGCGCCUGCAGAAAGCCCCGCACCGGACUGCUCUGGACUAUGGUAAACAUUGGUUCUUCGUACAGUUAUGGGACAGAGGACCAGGCUGAGUUUCUGUGUGUCGUUUCCAAGGAGCUGCACACACCUGGAUCAGGGCUGGGCACUGAGCAGAGCCAUAAGACCAAGGCUUCGGAGGUUCAGGAGGAGGAAGGAGCGAAGGAGGAGGAGGAGGAGGAGGAGGAGGGAGAGAGAGAUACCACCCCAAAUGAGUGGAUUAGAGAUUGAGGGUCUCAUUGUGUCAUUGUGAAUGGCUUUUCCAGAUCCAUGGCUCCCGGAUGUAGAGCCCAGAGUGAUAUCCUGUUUUGAUUUUUUUUUCAUCUGUUAACGGGUCCUUAUCUGUCAAAUUAUUCACUGUAUCAAAGAUUAUAAAAAGACAGACACUCCUUGCAUCAUUCUCUUGCCAGCAGCUGCUCCUUAGAGACUCCUAGUCCUAACUUGAGAUGUUGGUAAAGACAAUAUUUUAGUUUUUUAACCAUUGAAGCCAAGUCUGGUAGUAAAUCUUAGUAAAAGUAACAUUUUGACCAAAGAUCAGAGGUUAAGUCAAAUAAAUCAACAAGUUACUGUAAUCAGUUUCUUAGUAGAUUAUUAUCAGUGCCUAGUGGUGUGAUGUCAGUUCCUGUUGUCAACCCCCCCCCCCGACCCCCCCCCCCCCAUAGAGGUAUUUGUGUCAGGGUCUCAGACACUCUGACGGCAAAUAUUCAUCCUUCUCACAUGCUCAACUUCUGUAGACCUCUGUGUGUGUGCAGAAAAGGAUCACACUCACCCUGAAUCCCCUCCUUGUUCACACCACUUAGUCUCUCUCAAAUGUUCAGACUCACCCUCACCAGACACACACACACAUGCAGUUUUGUCCUCACACACAUGUUGCAUCACGACAGGCCCCCACCCCCCUGAGGCGUGUGUGUGCUCAGCAGUCCUCUCACCCUAGCUGUCACCCUGGCCGGGCUCCAGCGUGGCUCCACCGCCCCGGGGCAGAGAUGCACCGGUCCUGCUGUCAUGCCGGGCCCGACUCAGCCCCUUUUCCUGCCGGGUCCAUCUGCUCGAGGUUAGCUGAUGAACAGGACCAUAGAGUUUGCUCUAGAUCAUGCAACCAAAGCUGUAGAGUUGUAGAGUUGUUGUGUUGUCGUGAAAGACUGAUCAGUUCAAUCCAGAGACAUUUACAUGGAAGAGUUACUGCAUAAGGGGUUGAUUUCCUGUUGGUUUACAUUGGUUUAUGUAUGUCUGAAUGGUUCAGAGUUCAAGUAGUCAUUGAACUAGUAUUGUUGCAACAAAUAAAAUCCCCCUUUAUCUCCUUUGUAGAAGUUGUAUUUAAAGCCUGCUAAUGGACUUCUACUUUUAGUCCUGUUUCUCGAAUGGGAUUGGUUCAGAUUGGCUGAAUAUUUAGUACAGUAAUCGUGUCAAAUAUGAUGAGACUCAAUAUGAGCUCUUAGCACUUCAUGCCCCCUACCGAUCAGUCAUGUCACUCUGGCAGCUGUGUUGGUGUGUGUUUGUGUGAUUGUGUGCAUGUGUGAGUGUGUGUUACCAGCGUUUGACUCUAUGGCACAGAUCAACAGUCGACAGCUGUCAUUCUGAUUGGUGUCACAGGGUCACCAGGCAACCAUUACUAUAGACAAUCUGAAAUUCAGAAAGCUGUUACUUAGUCUUUCAUCACGAUUCACAAAUAGUCUUCUGCCAUGACAUCAGUGGGUAGUGUGUCAGGCAAGAAUUACAAUGUUCCGGUAAAGUAGUUGGUUAUAACCAUGCCAGCAAUACCAUCCCAUUAACUGCGUGUCAAGUUCAAAUGACAUGUUCCUUAUUAUUUUCAGUUUUUUGAUUCGUGUGAUAUGGAUAUGUGUGCCUUGAUUUCAAGCAAAAAAAACAAUGCCAUAGGCUUAUGAUGUUUCUUUGAAAGUGAUCGAAACAUGUGAUUGACAUUUCAUAGAGGUUAUGGUGUAUGUGUGUGCUGUGUGCCGUCACAGCAUGGGCUUGGACUGUGUUACUAAUACAUUCUGUUACUGCAACAGUCAUUCAGAACACACUAUUACUCUGCAUCCAGAUAUGUUAGGCACUUUUUCUUUAUGACAUUUAUGUUGGGUUUAUCAUGUGUCACAAGAUAUGUUUAUUUUAACUACAUCUAUCAGUUUAUCAGACAUUGUUAAUGUUGUUAAUGUUGCUGAAUUACGUACUUGUUGCAGCUCACAGAGGUUUUGUUAUUUUGCUUUUCUUAAUAUUAAUACUGUGUAUAUACCUUAAUGUCUUUGGAUUGUAUUCAAUUUUUGUACAUGUGAUUAUUUAUUAAGACUACUUGGCCGCACAGAAAAAUAUUGUAUGUUUACGUUUGAGUGGAAAUAGAAUGUAUUUCUGUUAUAGACCUCAUGUUUAAGAGGCAGUCUUACAUACAAUUGUGUUCCCCUAUUGAAUAGGAAGGUUUGUAACAAACCUGCAUCUGCUGUACCAUUGAAAACCCCAAACCGUAGGUCAUAGUUCACAAUUGAUUGAAAUUUGAACGCAUGUUUGUCUACUUUCCUUUUUAUAAAUCUUCAUUAGCACGAGCAACUUUGAAAAUGUUUUCAUACAUGUUGUUUCUGUGUACAUAAAGGACCUAAAGUAGUUCUAACUAGUAGUCGUAACAUCCGCUGCCAUUACAUUGAGCAGAGCUUAGUUUUUGCAGCACAGAGCUGUUUUUACACAGUUCAUGCAGUUGGCAAAUAACUGUUGUAUAAGUACUGUAUUGUAAGUUUGCAUCAAUGUCAAAGUUGAUACUAAAAUAACAAAGUUGAUACUGACGUAUGUCAGUAAGUCUUUUCUUGAAAGCUCCCAAUUCUUUUUCCAAAACAUGCCUAUACUGGUAUUAUGUAAGAGCUUCCCUCUUAAAACCUUCAGAAGUGGCCUAAAUCCACUCCCAUGGACAUUACAGACAUGCCAUAACAUGACACAGUGUGUUAUUGACGCUACAUAACAGGACUCCUCAGAUGUGUGACACUAGAAUUGUAUUGCCUCAGCUAUACUUUUACAACUCACAGAAACAAUGUUGUUGACUUCAUACGAACAUUGACAUGAUUUCUACUUUAUGUAAAGAACCUAUGAUGUUAUAGAUGUAAAUGAAAAUCAAAGAUAUGAUAAUCACAGAAAUAAAGUUUUGAAUGUCCUUUCUUUUUAAAACCA